AUGACUUUUUGAUUUGUUGCCUUAGUUAAGUUUAAUAUUUUCGCAGGUUUUACUUGCUUUAUUCAUAAAAAGUUUUCCCUUUUUAUAAGUGAUAAGAUAGGCUUUCUUUCCUCUUAAAAGCGAACUAAUUUGUAAUGUAUUUAAUACAGGCUAUAAAACUUUAAAUUUGGCAAUACUAUAAUAUUUACAUAAACAACAGAUAACACAAAUCGGCGCUUAAAUAUCCGAUCCGAGACCGGAGAUCGUAAAUUAAAAAUUUAAUAUAUAUAGAAAAUAUAUUGCUCAGGAGAUGAGUGAACUGUCGGCAAAACUGCGCUACAUUUUGCAAUUCUAUUUCGACAAAGGUACAAGUGCUGCACAGGCUCGCGAAGAAAUAUGUGCUCUUUAUGGGCAAGAUACGUUAUCAAAAGCAACAGCCAAACGGUGGUUCAGCCGUUUUCGGUCGGGAAACUUAGACGUUCAAGACGCUCCCCGAAGUGGACGGCCAAUUACGGAAAAAGUGAAUGAAAUAUUGGCAAAAGUCGAGCAAGACCGUCAUGUAAGCAGUCAUGACAUUGCCAGAGACUUAAACAUCAAUCACCAAACAGUACUCAACCACCUGGAAAAAGCUGGUUACAAAAAAAAACUUGAUGUGUGGGUACCGCCAGACUUGACUCAAAAAAAUUUAAUUGACCGCAUUUCAAUUUGUGAAUAUCUACUGAAACGCAAUGAACUCGAGCCAUUCCUUCAACGUUUAAUAACUAGUGAUGAAAAGUGGAUAACCUACGACAAUGCAAGAAAAAGAUCAUGGUCGAAGCGAGAAGAAGCUCCACCGGCCAUGGAGAAUCCCGCGCCUACAGCUAGGAAGGUUAUGUUGUGCGUUUGGUGGGACUGGAAAGGCGUCGUGCACUAUGAACUACUGUCGCCAGGUACAACAAUCGAUUCUGACCUGCUUUGUCGACAAUUGGAGCGCUUGUAUAUAGCAAUACAAAAAAAACGACCGGAACUCGUAAACAGUGUAGUAGUGUACCACAGACCAUAUAUAUGUUUAGCAAGUCGUCAGAAAUUGGGAGAAAAUGGCUGGGAAAUUUUAAUGCAUCCACAAUAUAGCCCAGACUUGGCGCCGUCAGAUUAUCAUUUGUUUCCGUCUUUACAGAGCUCCUUGAACGGUGUUAAAUUAGCUUCAAAGGAAGCCUGUGAAAAUCAUUUGGCUCAAUUUUUUGAUCAAAAACCACCGAAAUUUUACAGUGAUGGGAUUAUGGUGUUACCACAGAAGUGGCAAAAAGUCAUCGAACAUUACGGUGCCUACGUGGAUUCAUAAUGAUAUCUUGUAGCAGUGAUAGAUGCAUUUUAAAUUUAACCAUGAUAGACUCAAUAUUUUUUAAACAAAUGGCCCUCAAUACUUGUUUGAUAACUCAUUUUAGAAUACUCAUCGAACUUUACGAGUCAUGAUGACAACAUAUAGCGCGAAAUAUUUUUAAAUAUUAUUAGUGAUGGCGUAGAUGCUACAGAGAUUUUGUGUUCUGCAGAACUUAAUAUGUCUCCGCAGAG